AUGAGGUUUCCAAGUCCAAUAAGGGUGGCAAGCCCAUCUAAACCUCAUUCAUCUCCACGUACUCCUAGUAGUCCUAUUAGGGUACCCAGUCCGAUAAGGGAGGCAAGCCCACCAAAACAUAUUCCAGUACGGGUAGCAAGACCAACUGAUCCUUAUUCAUCUACACAUCAUGAAUCAAGUCCACUAAAUGAUGAAAUAAACCUGAGGAUAUUAAAUCAAGCAAUAUACAAGCUGCUUACGAAGGACAAAUUUAUGAAGAAGAAUGUAGCAGAGGUGGAAGCAACCAAUAGAAUACUUAAAGAGCAGAUAGUAAAUUUGGAACAAUCUGUUUUUGAUUUGAAAGAGGAGAUUUUUUAUUUGAAAGAGCAGAUUAAAAAGAAAGAUGGCUUUAUAUUGCAGUUCUUCCAAGAUCAAUUUCCUGAUUAUUUUAAAACUUACAAGAAAGAAAUGGCUACUGGUUCUUUCUCAUCUGCUACUAUAUCUGAAAAGGAUGCUACCCUGAGUGAGGAUGAGGUUGAUCCAUCCUUACUAACCGGCAUUGCAAAAAGAGUUCAAAAAAGAAAUGAUAGAAAGAGAAAAGUUAUAUCCACACAUUUUACAAUGGGUGAUAGGAAGAAGAAAAUUUUAAAAAAUUUGGCAUCCAAAGAGAAGUUGGGUGACUCAAUUUCAAGUGAUACUCCUGCAAUAGCACCUGAACUUGCUCUAGCUCCUACACCAGCUGCUGCACCACCUUCUCCAACUGCACCUGCUCCAACUUCUCCAAGUGAACUUGCAUUAGCUCCUGAAACAGCUCCUACAGCUGCACCACCUCGUACACCUGCACCACCUCCUACAACUGAACCAGAGCCUAAAAAUGCUCCUGUAACUGAUAAAGCUAUGAUUGUUUAUGAAGUUGAUGACUCUAAAGAAAUAGAAUUGAGACCUGCAUCUGAAAUACUAGAUUAUCCAGGCCGAUCAUUAAUUAGUGAAGAUAAAAUCCUAUUCAUCAAUAAUGGCCUGAAAUAA